UUGGGGUGUGUGUGGAAAACUGAUGGUUGGUAUUUUAGUUUGUGUAUCACGGUAACAGAAAAAACACUAUAGCUAAAGACCAGGUGAAAAGGCAAUGGAGCUGGUUCUAAUGCUGAGGUUGUUACUAAUAGGGACAGUAGUCCCUGGCGUUCAGACUGAAGAAAAGUCAGGAUCCAUGAGWUCAGAGUGCUUGGGGAAUUUCUUGCGCAUAACACUGAGUGCAGAAUACUUUGAGGACAAAUACUUGACUUUUUCUGCUAUUGAUGGAUUUGGCAGAGCCUGGGAGAUAGAUGAGGCCAUGGCAUCACAGUGCGGCUAUACAGUAACUUUCAACUAUUGGGGUAAUGUUGAAUUUCGAGCCUCUGCAUUAAGCUGCCAUUCUCAGUCAGAGAAAGAUGUGUUCACAGUAACUAUUCARAUCAAAGCUUCUCAUACUCCUGAUAUGAAAAAUGCUGCAACACACUUGAAAACUGCAACUUGUCACUAUGGUCCAUGGAGUCCAAGAGAGUUAGUAUGUGAAAAAAACUACAUGGAGGUUUCUGUCAGGAAGGAGGUUCCACAAAUACUACCAGAUUUCAUUCAGGAUGAACCUGAGGACUGGGCUCUUGCCUUCCCAGAGGCAAAGGCAGGAGAAUCCUCAAUAUGGCAAAUAGUGUUUCAUCAACCAGAAAAGAAAAAGGCCUUGCUGGUGACGGAUGCUUGGCAUGCUGGCUAUGGACUCAACACCACAGAUACCAGGAUACUGCUGCGAAUACCAUACAGUGCUGCACAGAUUCAGCUUGUCAAGGCUCAGGGAAUUACCUUUUCUGCAGUGAGGUCAAGUACAUUCUACAAACAGAGGUGGAUGAUCCUAAUGGUGGAUACUGCUGUGGCAUGUCCUGUAGAUGGUGUGGACUACAUGAACAAAACAAUCAUCUGGACUGUUCCGAAAUAUGUCCAACCCCUCUCUGCUGGAGCAACUGGCUUUAAGGAUGUACUUGUUGAAGCUGGUGUGGAUCUACAUAAACUUUCUGCUAAGGAGAUGAUAUCCAGGAAAUAUUCAUUAGAAAAUGACUUGGAUUCAAUUACAAUCAAGAUACCAGUAGGUGCAGAAGGUGGCUAUUACAAGACCUCUGUGAACAGUGGACAGCAUGGGACCAAAUACUGUAUCAGCCUGUUCUUAGAACAUCAGUGGGAAGAUAACAAAUGGGGACUAACCAAACAUACUAUCAUCAAGGAAAUAGAAACACCAUUUGAACAUGUGGAACUCACUAUGACCGACAACACAAAUCUGAGCGCCAGACUAGUGAAUGUGACAUUGGGAAUGUUCCUCCCUGAUGUGGAGCUUGUGAAUUUGACCUUUGAGGGGACAACUGUAACAGUACUUGAAGCUAUUUGGCAUGGAUAUCUGACACAGCAAAACAGAUAUGCUAAUGGCAGCCAAACUUACACAAUACAAGUCCCAUUUGAUGCAGCAAGCAUUAAGAAAGAGUAUACAAGGGAUGACAUUAGAACAUACACCCUGAAUGUCACACUUGACUUCAGAAUCCAUCCAACGAGUGAGACUUUCACCAUCCCAAUCAUAACAGUGUCUGCUGUUAAAGAUGCAGUAUUGCCUAGUGCAAGAGGAUUUUGUGAUGAGAAGAAUCUCUGUCUAACAAUUGCUCAUGGGAAUGUGGACCAAAACUGGCUGCUCUUCAUCUCCAACCAGCACCUGACAUCAGAGGCUGCACAAAAGCAUAGCUAUAGUCUGAGUGACAAUGGCACUCACUUGGCAAUUUGUGUCCCUUUCCUUUCUUCCCAUGUGGACUAUGAGGAUAUCCAUUCCUCUGGAAUAAUGGCUUCACUCCACUUAACCCUGAAGGAUGGUGUCACCCUGGCUAACAAGAGAGACUUCUCAAUUUCCUGCAGAUUUUCCCCUUCACAGCUAAUGCAGUGCCUGCCCAAUGGAACUGUGGUUAUUACUGCAGUGAAACUUGUAGGGAUUAAAGAUGUGGACAUGAGUCAGCUUGUCUUGAGAGACAGACAAUGCAAACCCAUUCUGGUGACAGAGAAGACUGCAACCUUCAAGUUCAAUGUAAACACUUGUGGAACAAGUAGAAAGUUCAACAGCACAACCAUGACAUAUGAAAAUGAUAUACUUUAUUUCAGACCUGGCAGUGAUACGCCAGUAUAUCAAUUAAAGUGCAUAUGCUGGUAUGCAAUCAAGCAGACUGCUGAUGUCCAAUACCAAUCUAAAAACAACCCAGCACCCAGUAUUAAGCCAGGAUUUGGUUCUCUUGCUCUCUCAUUUGAGCUUUUCAAAGAGAAGACCUUUUCUAACCCUUACAGGGAAUCAGAAUAUCCUGUGGUAAAAUACUUGAGGGAGGCACUGUAUUUUGAGGUUCAAUUACUUCAGCCUGAAGAUGUGAGACUAGAACUAAACUUAAAAGAUUGCUGGGCUACAAACUCUCAAAGUGGUGACAGCCAUCCCCAGUGGUCUAUCCUUAGAAAUGGAUGUGAAAACAAUGAAGAAUCUCACAGAACCAUAUUCCAUCAAGUUAAUUUUAGCCCCAGAGUAAGAUUUCCUCUGCACCUUAAGAGAUUCGAAGUGAGACUGUUCACUUUUUUUCAAAGUACAACUCUGCUACAAGAGCAGCUGUAUUUCCACUGCAGUGUGGUGAUCUGCAGCACUAUGCAGCAGUCCUCAGACUCCUUUUGUCCAAGGAAAUGCAGUGUUGCAAAACACAGACUUGAUCGCAGUGUAGAAUCCCACCUGUAUGGGCAAACAUCAUCUGGAGCAGUGCUAUUCAGAAAGGAAAAGUACUGGAUGAGGUGAAUACGUGGAUUUCUGACAAAGACUUAACCAGAGCAUUCAUUUUGAGAAACAGCAUUUAGGAAGUCUAAGCAAGUGCAGUCUACCCAGAGAAUGUUUACAAUAAAGGCAUCUCAAAUAUCUGAAGGGAAAUAUAUUCCAAAGAAUGUCAGCURUCCAAUAUGUAUGUAUGCCUUUAUUUAAUCAAUUUAUUGUGUUGCUCUGUGAUCCUGUAAAGUGUAGAAGUCUUAAUCUGUGACUUCUGAACUGGUUUGAUCACCUAAUGUGUCUCAAACUAUCAUGGUUAGUCACUUUGCAGGUGGAAAUAUCUUUUUUGGGGUAGAAGGAGGAAGGCAGUGGAAGGAGGGAAAUCUGUUGUAAAYCAUUGAUACCAGAUAAAUUUCAUGUCUUGUGCUUUCCCUCAGCUUCAAUAUGAGCCAAAUAUUCUAGGGAGCUUAACGUCAUUAAGAAAGCAAGACAGGGAUGAACAUACUUAAUUCUAUAGUAGAUACUGACAGGAAAACCUGUGAGCUGUGGCUCUUGCCAUAGUGUUACAGCUCUGGAAGAUAAAACUGUUCCUCCUGAGUGGGAGGGAAAUAGGUCAGUGACUUUUAGAUCACUACAUUGUCAACCUAAAGGAAAAGGUUUUUAGAGA